AUGGGGAUGGAGCCUGACGCAGAUGAGCGGGCCCAUCAGGGGAGUGACACCGCCAAGCGAUGGGGCCUGCCCAUAAACUACUUGGUCAUGGAUUACUACGUGGGUGGUGAUUUACUGACCCUGCUCAGUAAAUUUGAGGACAAGCUUCCAGAAGACAUGGCAAGAUUCUACAUUGGUGAGAUGGUGUUGGCUAUCGAUUCUAUCCAUCAGCUGCAUUACGUGCACAGAGACAUUAAACCUGACAAUGUCCUUUUGGAUGUGAACGGUCAUAUCCGCCUGGCUGACUUUGGAUCGUGUUUGAAGAUGAAUGAUGAUGGAACUGUGCAGUCCUCUGUGGCCGUGGGCACCCCUGACUACAUCUCCCCAGAGAUCCUGCAGGCGAUGGAGGACGGCAUGGGCAAGUACGGCCCCGAGUGCGACUGGUGGUCUCUAGGUGUCUGCAUGUACGAGAUGCUUUAUGGAGAAACACCGUUUUAUGCAGAAUCCCUUGUGGAGACAUAUGGAAAGAUCAUGAACCAUGAAGAGCGGUUUCAGUUCCCUUCCCACGUCACGGACGUGUCCGAGGAGGCGAAAGACCUCAUCCAAAGGCUGAUCUGCAGCAGGGAGCGCCGGCUGGGACAGAACGGGGUGGAGGACUUCAAGAAGCACGCGUUUUUCCAAGGGCUGAACUGGGAAAAUAUACGAAACCUGGAAGCCCCUUACAUCCCGGAUGUGAGCAGUCCUUCCGACACGUCCAACUUCGACGUGGAUGACGACGUGCUGAGGAACGCUGAAAUAUUACCUCCUGGUUCUCAUACGGGCUUUUCUGGAUUACAUUUGCCAUUCAUCGGUUUUACGUUCACCACGGAAAGCUGUUUUUCUGACCGGGGCGCUCUGAAGAGCAUAAUGCAGUCCAGCGCGCUGACCAAAGACGAGGGCGUGCAGCGGGAUUUGGAGAACAGCCUGCAGGUUGAAGCCUAUGAGAGGAGGAUCCGGAGGCUGGAGCAGGAGAGGCUGGAGCUGAGCAGGAAGCUGCAGGAGUCCACCCAGACCGUCCAGUCCCUCCACGGCUCGGCCCGGGCCCUGGGCAGUUCGGCCCGGGAUAAAGAGAUCAAAAAGCUGAACGAAGAAAUCGAACGUCUGAAGAACAAAAUAGCAGAUUCAAAUAGGCUCGAGCGACAGCUCGAGGACACGGUGACUCUUCGCCAGGAGCACGAGGAUUCCACGCAUCGACUGAAGGGCCUGGAGAAGCAGUACCGCCUGGUGCGGCAGGAAAAGGAGGAUUUCCACAAGCAAUUGAUUGAGGCUUCCGAGCGGUUGAAGUCCCAGGCCCGGGAACUGAAAGACGCCCACCAGCAGCGGAAGCUGGCCCUGCAGGAGUUCUCAGAGCUCAACGAGCGCAUGGCCGAGCUCCGGUCCCAGAAGCAGAAGGUGUCCCGGCAGCUGCGGGACCGGGAGGAGGAGGUGGAGGCGGCCGUGCAGAAGGUGGACGCGCUGAGGCAGGAGGUCCGCAGGGCCGACAAGAGCAGGAAGGAGCUGGAAGCUCAGCUCGAGGACGCCGUGGCCGAGGCCUCCAAGGAGCGCAAGCUGCGUGAGCACAGCGAGAACUUCUCCAAGCAAAUAGAAAGUGAGCUUGAAGCCCUCAAGAUGAAGCAAGGAGGCCGUGGGCCAGGUGCUGCCUUAGAACAUCAGCAGGAGAUUUCCAAGAUAAAAUCUGAGCUUGAGAAGAAAGUCCUAUUUUAUGAAGAGGAAUUGGUGAGACGCGAGGCCUCCCACGUGCUGGAGGUGAAGAAUGUGAAGAAAGAGGUGCACGACUCUGAAAGCCAGCAGCUGGCCCUGCAGAAGGAGGUCCUGGUGCUGAAGGACAAGUUAGAGAAGGCCAAACGUGAGCGGCACAGUGAGAUGGAGGAGGCCGUGGGCACAGUCAAAGACAAGUACGAACGAGAAAGGGUGAUGCUGCUUGAGGAAAACAAGAAAUUAACUGCUGAAAACGAAAAGCUUUGUUCCUUUGUGGAUAAACUCACAGCUCAGAACAGACAGCUGGAGGAUGAACUGCAGGAUCUGGCAGCCAAGAAGGAGUCGGUUGCCCACUGGGAAGCCCAGAUCGCGGAAAUCAUUCAGUGGGUCAGCGACGAGAAGGAUGCCCGGGGCUAUCUUCAGGCCCUGGCUUCGAAGAUGACCGAAGAGCUCGAGGCACUGAGGAGCUCCAGCCUGGGGUCAAGGACACUGGAUCCCCUUUGGAAAGUUCGCCGUAGUCAGAAGCUGGACAUGUCUGCACGCCUGGAACUGCAGUCAGCUCUAGAGGCGGAGAUCCGGGCCAAACAGCUCGUCCAGGAGGAGCUGAGGAAGGUCAAGGACAUGAAUCUCUCCUUUGAAAGCAAACUAAAGGAUUCCGAAGCCAAGAAUAGAGAAUUAUUAGAAGAAAUGGAAAAUUUGAAGAAGAAGAUGGAAGAAAAGUUUAGAGCAGAUACUGGACUCAAACUUCCAGAUUUUCAGGAUUCUAUUUUUGAGUACUUCAACACUGCACCUCUUGCGCACGAUCUGACGUUUAGAACCAGCUCAACUAGUGAGCAAGAAACACAAGCUCCAAAGCCAGAGACGUCCCCACCAGUCUCUGUGGCCACAAGCACAGAACAGCAGGAGGAUGGGGCUCGGGCCCCUCAGAGGCCGCCCACCGUGCCGCUGCCCACCACACAGACCCUCGCUCUGGCGGGACCAAAGCCGAAAGCGCACCAGUUCAGCAUCAAGUCCUUCUCCAGCCCCACGCAGUGCAGCCACUGCACCUCCCUGAUGGUGGGGCUGAUCCGCCAGGGCUACGCCUGCGAGGUGUGCUCAUUUGCCUGCCACGUGUCUUGCAAGGACAGCGCUCCCCAGGUGUGCCCCAUACCCCCCGAGCAGUCCAAGCGGCCUCUUGGUGUGGAUGUACAGAGAGGCAUAGGAACGGCCUACAAGGGCUACGUAAAGGUCCCCAAGCCGACCGGGGUGAAGAAGGGGUGGCAGCGGGCCUACGCAGUGGUCUGUGACUGCAAGCUCUUUCUGUACGAUCUGCCCGAGGGCAAGUCCACCCAGCCUGGCGUCGUGGCCAGCCAAGUCCUAGACCUCAGAGAUGAAGAGUUCUCUGUGAGCUCAGUCCUGGCUUCAGAUGUCAUACACGCUUCACGCCGAGAUAUUCCGUGUAUAUUCAGGGUGACGGCCUCUCUCUUAGGUACACCUUCUAAGACCAGCUCGCUGCUCAUUCUGACGGAAAAUGAGAAUGAAAAGAGGAAGUGGGUGGGGAUCCUGGAAGGCCUGCAGGCCAUCCUCCACAAGAACCGCCUGAGGAACCUGGUGGUGCACGUCCCGCAGGAGGCCUAUGACAGCUCGCUGCCCCUCAUCAAGGCCGUCCUCACGGCCGCCAUCCUGGACGGGGACAGGAUCGCCGUCGGCCUCGAGGAAGGGCUCUACGUCAUAGAGGUGACCCGGGACGUGAUCGUCCGCGUGGCCGACUAUAAGAAAGUGUACCAGAUCGAGCUUGCCCCCAGGGAGAGAGCCGCCGUCCUCCUCUGCGGCCGGAGCCACCACGUCCACCUGUGUCCAUGGUCCUCCUUCGACGGCGUGGAGAGCAGCGUGGACAUCAAGCUUCCGGAGACAAAAGGCUGCCAGCUCAUGGCGACCGGGACGCUGAAGAAGAGCGGCCCCACCUGCCUGUUCGUGGCGGUGAAGCGGCUGGUCCUUUGCUAUGAGAUCCAGAGAACUAAGCCUUUCCACAGGAAGUUCAGCGAGCUUGUGGCCCCUGGCAAUGUACAGUGGAUGGCCGUGGUCAAGGACAAGCUCUGUGUUGGCUACCCUUCCGGGUUCUCUCUGAUGAGCACCCAGGGAGAUGGGCAGGCUCUAAACCUGGUAAAUCCCAAUGACCCCUCGCUUACGUUCCUCUCACAACAGUCUUUUGAUGCCCUUUGUGCUGUGGAGCUCAAAAGUGAGGAGUACCUGCUUUGCUUCAGCCACAUGGGACUGUACGUGGACCCGCAAGGCCGGAGGUCACGCACGCAGGAGCUCAUGUGGCCUGCGGCGCCCGUUGCCUGUAGUUGCAGCCCCGCGCACGUCACGGUCUACAGCGAGUAUGGCGUGGAUGUCUUCGACGUACGCACCAUGGAGUGGGUCCAGACGGUCGGCCUGCGCAGGGUAAGGCCCGGCGGUGCCCGGCCCCUCCCCCGGCCGCCCCCCACCCCCCCGUGUGCGCCAGGUUGCAGCCCCGCGCACGUCACGGUCUACAGCGAGUAUGGCGUGGAUGUCUUCGACGUACGCACCAUGGAGUGGGUCCAGACGGUCGGCCUGCGCAGGAUCCGGCCACUGAACUCAGAGGGCAGCCUCAACCUCCUCAACUGCGAGCCUCCCCGCCUGAUCUACUUCAAGAGCAAGUUCUCGGGGGCGGCUCUCAACGUGCCCGACACCUCUGACAACAGCAGGAAACAGAUGCUGCGGACCAGAAGCAAAAGGCGGUUUGUCUUCAAGGUGCCGGAGGAGGAGAGGCUGCAGCAGCGGCGAGAGAUGCUCAGAGACCCGGAGCUGAGAUCCAAGAUGAUCUCCAACCCCACCAACUUCAACCACGUGGCCCACAUGGGCCCGGGCGACGGGAUGCAGGCGCUCAUGGACCUGCCUCUGAGCGCCGUGCCCCCCUCCCAGGAGGAGAGGCCCGGCCCUGCUCCUGCCAGCCUGUCCCGCCAGCCUCCACCCAGGAACAAGCCCUACAUCUCGUGGCCCUCAUCAGGUGGAUCUGAGCCCGGUGCGGCUAUGCCUCUAAGGAGUAUGUCUGAUCCCGACCAGGACUUUGACAAAGAGCCUGAUUCGGAUUCCACCAAACACUCGACUCCAUCGAACAGCUCCAACCCCAGCGGCCCACCAAGCCCCAACUCCCCCCACAGGAGCCAGCUCCCCCUUGAAGGCCUGGAGCAGCCGUCCUGCGAUGCCUGAAGCUGCUGGCUCACCGCAACAGGGCCGGGGGGCCCAGGUGGCCUCCAGUGUCAGUGCCAAGACUGAGCUGACCCUCCAGUGUUGUCCAAGGAAAUGUAGAAUCGAUUUGUAGAUACGGAGAUGAAGAAAAUACUUUAUUAUAAUAAUGAUUGGUUUUAUGCCGCACCGAGGCGGUAGGCCAGAUCUGCUCAUCUGCACAGCUGUUCCGUUUGCACACGAAGGACCGCCUGCGGCCCCUCCUGCCCAGAACCAGCUGAGGUGAGGCAGUGCGAGGGGCCUGUGAUGCCAGCCUCCUGUAGACCCCAGUGACGCCCGGGGGGCUCUGCAGGAAGUAGGCAGCUCGGGACGGCCUCGGUGCCGCGUCUGUUCCCUGUUCCCUAGGACCUUAGGAGAAUAGUUGGAAGUUGUAUAUCAUUCCCAGUGUCCCUAGAGUUUUGAAGACAGAGGAAAGUGGAGCUUAGUUUGUGGCCUCUUUAUUCAUUUAGCCAAUUACAUAGUCAGAUGCAGAAGCUCUUCUGCUGGCCUCGUAGCCAUGGACAGAGGCCCAUUCGAGUGAAGCCUGCCCUGUCCUGGUCCCCCGUGUGUGUCAGUCCGUUUCUGGUCACAACCACGAAGUGUCACCCGUAUCUACUACUGUGAAGUCAGCUGUGCUCCGUUUCCCACUCGCUUCCACAGCUCUGCCUCCUGCUGUAAAACCAGUGAGUGUCGUGCAGCCAGGCCCCGAGGCCUGCGGGCCGAGAGGAGGCCAGAGCCCCAGGUAGCCCCCGGCAGGCGCCAGGACCCCCGCCCCGCAUGGAGCCCCGUGAUUAGCGCCCUUGGGGAUCGUGCAGACUCGCCGCCACACUCCGCCCGGUGGGCCGGCCCGCGGCGCCCGCGUGUAUCUGCCUGCCUGCCCGCCCCCUGGCCUUGUAUCAGGCAGCCUCCUGUCUCUGUAGAGGUUUGCGAUUAACUCGCCCCGCUGGGCUUCGCCCUGUUCUCCCGCCGGUCGACGUUCUCGGUGGCAAGCUGUUGAAGGCGUGCACUUACCUUGAGUCGGCACGGAGUGACCUGGGCACCGUGGCCGGCCUGUGCGUGUCGCGUGCCCAGGACCCGCCUGCCUGCCCCCUGGGCCUUCUGCUGGGGCUGGCACCUGCUGGGGGUUCUGGUUUUUACUUUUUUAAUGUAAGUCUGAGUCUUUGUAAUUAUUGAAUCGUGAGAACAUUUUUGAACAAUUUACCUGUCAAUAAAGCAGAAGACGGCA